CAACUACUCUUCACAUCUUCCUCUCUACCUUCCUACCACUUGAUAAGGUCUAUGUAUUAUAUAUACAUCUUCUCUUCAUUGGAUUUUGCUUCAAACAUUAGAUAAACACAGAAGUUUGACCAAUUUGAGAGCAUUUUCUGAAGAAAUUGAAGCACUUUGAAAAACUUGCAAAACUUCAGUAUCUGAAGCUAUGGAAUUCACUAGCCUGCUGAAUACUUCAUUGGAUCUUAAUGCCAAACCACUAAGAAUUCUCGACGAGGCACCACUGCUGCGGAAACAAGAGGUGCCAAGUGAUUUUAUUGAGUUGGGAAGAAAUAUUACAGUGAAAGAAGAGAAAGGUGCGUUAAUAGAGGAACUAAACCGGUUGAGUGCUGAAAACAAGAAGCUGACAGAACUAUUAACAGUGAUGUGUGAGAAUUACAACGAAUUGCGAGACCGAUUGACGAACAUAAGCAAGAAUUCUGUAGUGGAUAAUGAUGCAUCAAGAAAAAGGAAAGCUGAUAGCAGCAACAACAAUGGCAAUACAGAUGGAACCAAAUGCCCUUCCGAGAGCAGUUCAAGUGAUGAAGAUUCAUGCAAGAAACAAAGGGAAGAACACAUCAAACCAAAGAUUUCGCGUGCCAGCGUACGAACUGAAGCAUCUGAUACAAGCCUUAUUGUUAAAGAUGGAUAUCAAUGGAGGAAGUAUGGACAGAAGGUUACCAGGGACAAUCCUUCUCCGAGAGCUUAUUUCAAAUGCUCUUUUGCUCCAAGCUGUCCAGUAAAAAAGAAGGUUCAAAGAAGUAUAGAGGAUCAAUCUAUUCUAGUAGCAACUUAUGAAGGAGAGCACAACCAUCCUCACCCCUCGAAACCCGAGCCCAGUUCUGGCUCCGGCCGAGGUGUGACACUUGGCACGGUCCCUUGCUCGACCACGCCUCUAAGCUCGUCUGCACAGACCAUUACACUUGAUCUUACAAAACCAAAGCCAGCAACUGAUUCAGACAGGAAAAUGGGUACACCACAAUUUCAACAGUAUCUAGUGGAACAAAUGGCUUCUACAUUAACAAAAGAUCCCAAUUUCAAAUCAGCACUUGCAGCAGCCAUUUCGGGACAGUUUCUUCAACAAAAUCCUCGGACAGAAAAAUGGUAGAAGAUCGAAGGAUUCUGUCGUAUAUUUAUGACUAUGCUGAAACUCAAAGAGUAUUUUGAUACACAAUAUUAGAUAAGACUCGGCUAUAUUAUAGACAAAUUUUAGCUUCUUCUUUUUCCCCUCCACUUUCUAGUUGUGUACAGUCUCAAACGAGCAAGAAGUAAAUCAUGUUACGCAAAUUUGCUGAACAGUGUUGAAAUAUAAGUUUGGAAUUGUUAUCUUUAA